CAGCGGCGACAGCAGCGGCGCCGCGAUGCAGAACGUCAUCAACACGGUGAAGGGGAAAGCCCUGGAGGUGGCCGAGUACCUCACGCCCGUGCUCAAGGAGUCCAAGUUUAAAGAAACUGGAGUAAUUACACCCGAAGAAUUCGUUGCAGCUGGAGAUCACUUAGUUCACCACUGUCCUACGUGGCAAUGGGCUUCAGGAGAAGAACUAAAAGUCAAGGCUUAUCUGCCAACAGACAAACAGUUUUUGGUAACUAAAAAUGUGCCGUGCUACAAAAGAUGUAAACAGAUGGAGUAUUCAGAUGAGCAAGAAGCAAUUAUAGAAGAAGAUGAUGGUGAUGGGGGCUGGGUGGACACUUUCCACAAUACAGGUAUAGUGGGUGCAACAGAAGCAAUCAAGGAGAUCACACUAGACAGUAAGGAUAAUAUAAAAAUACCAGAACGUUCAACAUCCUGUGAGGAUGAUGAUGAUGAUGAUGAUGAUGAAGGGGAAGCUGCAGACAUGGAAGAAUAUGAAGAAAGUGGGCUCUUGGAGACAGAUGAUGCGACACUUGACACAAGACAGAUUGUAGAAGCCAACAAAGCUAAAGUUGAUGUUGGAGGGGAAGAUGCUAUUCUACAGACUAGGACUUACGAUCUCUACAUCACUUAUGACAAAUACUAUCAAACUCCAAGACUCUGGUUAUUUGGAUAUGAUGAGCAACGGCAGCCUCUAACAGUAGACCACAUGUAUGAAGAUAUUAGUCAAGAUCACGUCAAGAAAACAGUGACAAUUGAAAACCACCCUCAUCUUCCUCCUCCUCCCAUGUGUUCCGUUCAUCCAUGCAGACAUGCAGAAGUGAUGAAGAAAAUAAUUGAGACUGUUGCAGAAGGUGGAGGAGAACUUGGAGUUCACAUGUAUCUCCUUAUUUUCUUAAAAUUUGUACAAGCGGUCAUUCCAACAAUAGAAUAUGACUACACAAGGCACUUUACAAUGUAACUAGAAUGAGAUGUUUGCUUCUACUCAUCAAAUCCUUUUUUUAAAUAAUCCAUACAUGUGACUUAUUCCUCAUUAUACACGAUUUCUGUAAUUCUAACCUUUUAUCAAGUCGAUGCAUUAAAAUAAACUGUUCCAUUACCAGCCUUUUAAUAAAAAUCUUUGUGUGUAGUAAAUAAAUCACUUUCAUUCCUAUA